AUGGCCGAUCAGUCUCAACCAAAGGGAAAGGCAAAAGCGCCGUCCGAUGUUGGCGCGUCGGAUGCAGCGGCGACCGGCUCGUCUUCGCCAUCCCAGCACGCCGCCAACACUUCAUCGACGGCGGCGCCCGCCGCUGAGCGCAACGACGCGGGUCGCCCGGAAGGGGGCUCAGCGGGCGGGUCGCUCGCUAGCUCAGUCAUUGCAUCAAUGCGCUCAUCCAUGGCCGGCAACCAGAUCGGGUCCCUCCUCGCGUCGGCCUCGGGCGGCAAGGGCGACUUUGCCUCCUUUCGCCAGAAUGGCCAAGCAGCCGGCCAACCGCUCUCAAAGGACGAGCUGCGCUCCGCAAUGAUGGCCGACCUCGCAGGCGGCAGCGCAGCCGCUGGAGGGUCAGCGACUGGCGCCACUUUCCGCUCGUCUCCCGCCAGCCAGGCUCCCUCUGGCGCCUCGCACCGCUACGAUGCCUUUGCGCUUCCCCCGACAAUACCGAGGGGCGAUGCGGCUGGAGGAGCACCUGUGGCCCCGUCACCCCACCAGGAUGUCGGCAUGUACUCGCCCGACCGGAUAGGGCCGUACACCUCCAGCUCGGAGCUCGAUCGAGCCCUCCACGCACAGGUGCGCGCCAUGGAGGCGCUCAACGUCGGAGCGCGCAUGACUCUAGACGGCGCCUGGCAAGACGCCGAGCAGAGCGCUCGAAACCUGACCGACGACCAGCGCGACCUCGCCCUGGACCCCGAGUGGAAUCAGCGCUGGGCCAGUGGGGUCGGCGGCGUCGACUUCCCUCCGCUCCAAGCGCGAGCGCAACGGCAGCAGACAGACGCGCAAGCGGGCUCGCAGAUGACAUCGUCUUCGGACUUUAUGGACCUUUUGGCCGCCGACGAGGCCCAGGAGUCACUCGAAGGCGCCUCUGCGGCCGAAUUCGCACGGCCGGCGUGGGACAGGACGAGUGAUGCGACACUCGCAUCUCUGCCGACGCAGUGGAGGCCGCCAUCGCCCUCUCUGCCCGCCCACCUCUGCGUGACGCGCGAGCAGUUCGAGAUGCACCGCGCCAUCUCUGCCGCCCAGACCGAUGCUGAGCAUGCGCUGCGACAGGGGGAGGGCAUCGCGCCGAGGGCCGACGACCGAGAGGCGCGAGAGGGCGUCUACGCUCCGACUGCCGAAGAAGCGCUCAGGAGCAUCUGGGAGGGUCGAGGUGGUGCCGUCGAGAAGUCGGUCCCCGAAUCCGGUGGAGCAAGGGUCGGGCAGGAUGGUGACGAGUGGUCGGUGCAAAGAGGCCGUCGGGCCGUGCAGCGGAUCGUAGAGUGGCUCCCCAACAGCUCAUACGUCGAUGAUGUCUACGGCCUCCCUCCGACCCUGGCCGAAACGAUGCGCAAAGCCGUCGCCGAUGCGUCUCCAGAAGAAGCGCCCGCGGGCAACGAAGAGGCGCGCAAGAAGGCGAUUCAGCGGCUCGAGGCGCUCUGGGGCCACCUCUCGAAUACCCGACCCAGCUCGACGGCACAAGCGGGCGCGGUCGAGACCGCAGCACCGGCGCCCAAGUCGGCGGGCGGCGCAGAUUGGAUGGAGGCCUGGCUCAAGGCGCAGGGCUCUUGA